AUGGCAGAUGAAACACCAAUUGAUUUGAAGGAGGAGGUUUCAGAUAUAGCACCAUUUGACCCUACUAAGAAGAAAAAGAAGAAGAAAGUUACUGUUAUAGAUCCUGCAGCUGAUGAAUCGGUGGAUAAGUUGGCCCAGAAGACAGAAAAUCUGUCAGUUGCUGAUGAGGCAGACUCUUCAUUUUCUGGUUUGAAAAAGAAAAAGAAGAAGCCUGUUGAAAUCAGUAACUUAAACGAGGAGAGUGGAGAAGCAGCUGAAGAUUUGGAAGAUCUUCCUGAAGAAGAUGAAGAAGAAGUGGUUUCUUUGCAGCCUCGUUAUCCUUGGGAAGGGAGUGACCGUGAUUAUGAAUAUGAGGAGCUUCUUGGCAGGGUGUUUAACAUUCUACGUGAAAACAAUCCAGAACUUGCUGGAGAUCGUCGAAGGACAGUUAUGAGGCCUCCUCAGGUUCUUCGUGAAGGCACGAAGAAAACUGUAUUUGUGAAUUUUAUGGAUCUCUGCAAAACGAUGCAUCGACAGCCAGACCAUGUUAUGGCUUUCUUGCUUGCUGAACUGGGUACUAGUGGCUCCCUAGACGGACAACAAAGAUUGGUUGUUAAGGGAAGAUUUGCACCCAAGAAUUUCGAAGGAAUUCUGCGACGAUAUAUUAAUGAAUAUGUUAUUUGUCUUGGAUGUAAAAGUCCAGACACAAUACUCUCAAAGGAAAACCGUCUCUUCUUUCUUCGGUGCGAGAAGUGUGGAUCGGGAAGGUCAGUUGCUCCAAUCAAAGCUGGUUUUGUUGCUCGUGUUGGCCGAAGAACUGCAGGGUCAUGA